AUGUUUCGAUUCAUCCCAGUCACCCACUCAACAGCUGAUACUAAACACCCAUUAGUUAUACUUCUAGCAGAGCAUGGAGAUCGUUAUUUUUUUGGCAAGGUCGCUGAAGGUGCACAGCGGGCGUGUGUCGAGUCCAAGACUAAGCUAUCGAAGUUGAACACUAUCUUUUUAACUGGUGAAUUGGAUUGGUCUAGCAUAGGUGGAUUACCGGGUAUGAUUUUAACUAUAUCAGAUCAAGGAAAGAAGGACUUAGAGCUUGUGUACGGAUCACAUUUACUAAGCUAUGCAGUUAGUACUUGGAGAUAUUUUGUAUUCAGGUUUGGUAUGAAUUUGAGCGUCACGAGCCUUGAUAAUAAUGUGGUUUUCAAGGACGAAAACAUAACCGUCAAAGCCAUCAAUAUUGGUAAACCAGAUACCAAAAAGACUCUUCCAUUUAGUGAUGCCAUGCUUUCAGACUUGAGGAGUUUAGUAUCCAAGAUGUUCCCAUUAGAUUCCCAAAAUACUAAUGGCGAUCCACCUACUGGUAGUAGUUUAGAUAUUAACCUACCAGUAGAAUUGAUUUCCCAGAUUUCUACCUCCUACGAGAUUACAUUUAAUCCGGUAAGAGGUAGAUUCAAUUUGGAUUCUGCAAUUAAAUUGGGAAUUCCCAAAGGCCCUAUGUUUUCUAUCUUGGCUGGGGGCAAACCUGUUACAUUACCAGACGGAACUGUAAUAUCACCAGAUCAGGUUCUAUCAGAACAGAGGAAAUUUCCGAAAGUUUUAAUUUUGGAUAUUCCAAACGAUAGUUAUUUGAAACCCUUUUUUGAGAGAUUCAAGGAUUAUGAUACCAAAACCCUAGGUUCAGUUUACUAUUUCUUAGGUAAUAAUAUAACCUUAAAUUCAACUUUAAUCAAAUUCAUGGAGAUUUUUAACGAUGACCAUGUACAUCAUUUUGUCUCUCACGAGAAAGUGUCUCCAAAUUCUAUUUCAUUCUGGAGCUCUACUGUGACAAUGUUAAAACUGAAGGCUCUACAGCAGGGAAAUUAUAAUAUUCCUUCGACUGAUGGCGAGCUUUCAAAGGGUUUUUAUGACUGCUUUAAUUUGCCUCUACCAAACCAUAGACAGGUUCAGGAAAGCUCUAAUACAGCACUAAAUUCUAAACUUGACAACAAACGAGUACAUGUUUACAAAAAAGAGGAUACACUUACUAUCGAGCCAUAUACACCCUCGAAGGAGUCAAUUAAGCAACGCGUUGAAAGUACUGCAGAUGUUUAUGCAUCGUGGGAACAGGCUUUUAAAAAAAGAAUCAAACCAUUAAAUAUAGCUGGAGUUAAUUUGAAAAGCCUAAUUACUGAUCAAAUAAAUGUCGAUAAUUUUAACACUGAAGGAAAGAGAAAUCAAGUUGAAAUCGUUACUUUAGGUACAGGAAGCGCUCUUCCAUCGAAAUACAGGAAUGUUAUUUCUACUGUUAUCAAGGUGCCCUACAGAGCAAACGGUAGAUUCCAUAAUCGGAUUAUAAUAUUGGAUGCUGGAGAAAACACGUUGGGAUCUAUUCACCGUUUGAUUAACAAAGCUAAAAUACCAGAAUUCUUCCAUAAUUUAAAAAUGAUAUACUUAAGCCAUUUACAUGCAGACCACCAUUUGGGUAUUGUGUCUCUGAUAAACGAAUGGUAUGCAUUUAACAAAGGUAUUCCAAAUUCAAAGUUAUAUUUGGUUUCACCAUGGAAGUAUGAGACAUUUAUUACGGAGUGGUUCACACUGGAAAACAAAGAAAUCUUGGAACGAAUUAGAUAUAUCGGUUGUCAAAACUUCCUUAAUAGCUCCAUGAAUAGAGAUGAUAAUGCAUCCACCAAUAGCACUUCAAAUUCACCUUCUGAAACGAAGAAUCAAGUCUGUGCUAAUGAUGAACAAGCUAUGGUUAGCUCAGGGAAUUUUGAGAAAAGGCGGCGUUUGGAUGAUUUUACUCCACAGGAAUCUGAAUCGGCAAUUAUUCAGCAGAUGAAACAGGAGUUGUGCAUUAUGUCUUUUCGAACAUGCAAAGCAAUACAUUGUGAAUGGUCUUAUUCCAAUUCAAUCACAUUCUAUAUGCAAUCAGAUUCCAGGAAGUUAUUCAAAGUUUCUUAUUCAGGCGAUACCAGACCAAACGUUUAUAAAUUUGCCAAUGGAAUUGGUAAAAAUUCCGAUCUGUUAAUUCACGAAGCAACUCUUGAUAAUGAGUUGGUAGCAGAUGCAAAGAAGAAAAGACACAGUACCAUUAACGAAGCGAUACUCGUUUCAAAUGCAAUGAACGCCAAAAAGGUGCUAUUAACUCAUUUUUCUCAAAGAUAUCCCAAGGCACCUCAAAUGUCGGGUAGCAUGAAAGUUGCAGCUGAAGCAAUCUGUUAUGCAUUCGACGGUAUGAUUGUUAGUUAUGACAAGUUAGGCGAACAAUAUUCUAAUGUUAGAAUGUUGAAACAUAUUUUUUCUGAGGAGGAAAAACUUGAAUCUGAAGGAUAA